CGAGGCGGCGCGGGCCCGGGCCCGGGCCCGGAGAUGAGGCCAGGAUGUCGGUGUCAGGGCUCAAGGCCGAGCUGAAGUUCCUCGAGUCCAUCUUCGACAAGGACCACGAGCGCUUCCGCAUCGUCUCCUGGAAGCUGGACGAGCUGCACUGCCAGUUCGUGCUCCUGCCGCCGCCGCCGGGCUCCGGCCCUCCGCCGCCGCCGCCGCUCACCAUCCACUGCAACAUCACGGAAUCUUACCCCUCUUCAUCACCAAUAUGGUUUGUAGAAUCAGAUGACCCAAACCUGACUUCAGUCUUGGAGCGUCUAGAAGAUAUUAAGAAGAGCAAUACUCUGCUUCUCCAGCAGCUGAAGCGAUUAAUAUGUGACCUCUGCAGAUUGUAUAAUCUUCCUCAGCAUCCAGAUGUUGAAAUGUUAGAUCAGCCGUUACCAGCUGGACAGAAUGGAACGACAGAAGAAGUUACAUCGGAGGAGGAGGAGGAGGAAGAUAUGGGUGAAGACAUUGAAGAUCUGGAUCACUAUGAUAUGAAGGAGGAGGAACCAGUUGAUGGGAAGAAAUCCGAGGAUGAAGGCAUUGAAAAAGAGAACCUUGCAAUCUUAGAAAAAAUCAGAAAAAAUCAAAGGCAAGAUCACUUAAAUGGUGCAGUCUCUGGGUCAGUUCAGGCUUCAGAUCGACUUAUGAAGGAACUCAGGGAUAUAUAUAGAUCACAGAGUUAUAAAACAGGGAUAUAUUCAGUGGAACUGGUAAAUGACAGCUUGUAUGAAUGGCAUGUUAAGCUUCUGAAGGUUGAUCCUGACAGCCCCCUGCAUAGUGAUCUUCAGGUCUUGAAAGAAAAAGAAGGCGUGGAAUACAUUUUACUCAACUUCUCUUUUAAGGAUAACUUCCCUUUUGAUCCUCCCUUUGUGAGAGUAGUAUCUCCUGUGCUCACAGGAGGAUACGUCCUAGGUGGAGGUGCAUUAUGCAUGGAACUUCUUACUAAACAGGGCUGGAGCAGUGCCUAUUCAAUAGAAUCAGUCAUCAUGCAGAUCAAUGCCACUUUAGUCAAAGGAAAAGCCAGAGUUCAGUUUGGAGCCAAUAAGAAUCAAUAUAACCUAGCAAGAGCACAGCAGUCCUAUAAGUCACUAGUACAAAUACAUGAGAAAAAUGGCUGGUACACUCCUCCAAAAGAAGACGGUUAAUACAGAGGACUGUUGUAUAUCUGGACCAAUGCCAACAAAAGAGCUCUUUUUAACGUUUUCCAACACAGAGACUCGAGCUAUGAGUGCCCCUAUAACAGCCGUACUGAAGACUUUAGCUAUUAGAUAAGUUAGUGGAUAAUCUGUCAACUGACACGUCGAGUAUAAGUUGCAGCCUUACCAUUCCGCUCUUCUUAGGCAUCUUGGACUGAGCAGUCUGGGCCUUUGCUGUAUUUGUUCUUCAUGGAUUAAGCAUAUUUGGGCCACUCCCUCCCUUCUCUCUUUUUUAAUUUGGAAGUGUAAUGCUGCAGUGGGCUGCUGCGUUCCCCAGGAGCGUUCAGCAGGAGUUGGUCACACUUCUUACCUUUCGCAGGAUGCAGAGCGCCGAGAUUUGAGUUGUGUCGUUCCAUUUGAAGUCAGGAGGUUUAAUAUGUUGUUUAAUACUGUUAUAGGAAAUGUCAGACCUUGCAAAUCACAGUAGUUUUCUGGUCUAAAAUGACAGCGUUUGUAGUAUUUCCAAAUUAAUGAUAUAGGAAAAGCACAUGUAUGUUAAGUCAUUAAACAUUUUCAUGGCUGGAUGAGAA